GAGAAACCCUACGCCUCGUUCCCAAAUCCCAAUCCGGCGAGAACCAUGGCCCCCAAGGCCCGCGGCCGCGGCGCUGGAGGCCCGGAUGGCUGCGGAGGCAGCGGCUCGCGGUCGAGGCCGCGGCGGGAGAGUUGCACGGGUUCCGCCCCCGCUUGAGGCGGCGGCGGAAGCAGGCGGCGGCGCUGUUGUCGCCGUCGGGCACGGAGCGGGAGGUGUGGGCCUACGGGUCGCAGGGCUUGGUGCGGGUGGCCUGGGACAUGGCGCUGGCGGACUCCGACCUAGAGGUGUAGGCGUGCAGGGAGUUCUUGGUGCGGGCGCUCUCGGUGCCGGUGAGGCGGCGGAAGCAGGCGGCGGCGGCCAUGGAGCAGGUGCAGGGGCGGUAGGCCCAGGUGGCGCCGCUCUUGGCAGGGUUGGCCUUGCACGUGGUGGCGGUCCGUUGGUGGCGGAGGCGGCGGGAAAUGGCGCUGGUCGCGGGGCAGGUGGCCUUGGCGGCGGAGGUGACGCGCCUAGAGCUGUCCGCCGUGACGACGCCGACAACCCUCUGCCGUACUGGCUCUUGGGAAAUGAUAACCACGGGGCCGACUCCAAGAAGCCUCCCCUGCUUCGUCCUAUGGGGCUUUCCAAGAUCAAUCCCAAGGAGCUACAUGUGUACGGGCUUACAGUUGAAUAUCGGACUGGUGAUACAGAAACGGAUCAAAUGAACGAGCGACUGGUAGCACUAUACAAUACCCUCGGAGACAAAAGAGUAGAACUAUAUGAGAAGGCUUCUGAUGAUACACCGUCACGAAAAGACCAUCUUGACUACAGAAAGGAGAAGGAACAUCUGAUGAGGAUGAUUGGGGAUCUCCAAGAGGCCAUCAAGGACCGCGACGCAAAGCUGUACCCCUUCCCCAAGAUUUUUGCCACUGAUCCUCCUAUCUAGGGGCAGCAGUUUUUUGUCAGAUUGGUUUGUGCAGAGAAUAGGCCGCUGAGUCGGGACCCCAUGUUCAUUUGGUUGGUACAGGUGUCUAUAUGGCUAUAUGCAUGGUUGGUACAGAAAGUCGGGAUCACACACGAAACAUGUAAAAAUGACUAGUCUGAAAGUUGUUUUUCCCCUCCCGCUAUAGUCAA